CGAAAUCUAUAAGCGCCGGAUAAGCGGCUCUUCGCGCGGAAGCCGUACGACGGGCAACAACGAGAUCUGCGAAAUCGACAGUGGCCUCCUGUGUAGAGACGGCGAGCGACGGUUUGCUAAGGAGAGCGGCCCGGGGUGAGAAAGGCGUAUUGAAUGCUGCUCGAGUAAGCGACGGCCUCGAAGCAAAAAAUCUGAGCGGUUGUUCGGGCGUCGCGACUGUGAACGGACAGAAAACUUCGUUCGAGUGACAAGGAACGACAGCGGGAAGACCAGAAGCGAAUAAGUCGAUCGUCAUGCCAGCCAGCAGCAAGGACCAGAAGACCGGCAAGCCCGGGAAGGUGACCCUGGGCUACUGGGCCAACAUCCGGGGCAUCGUCGAGCCCAUCCGAUACAUGCUGGAGUACGCCGGAGUGCCGUACGAGUACAAGACGUACCCGUGGCUGGACAAGCCCACUGCGCAGGAGAGCAAGGCCGUGUGGCUGGAGGAGAAGGCGGCGCUGGCCGAGAGGGGUUUGGCCUUUCCCAACCUGCCGUACCUGGUCGACGGAGAGGAGACCAAGAUCGUCCAGAGUCUGGCCAUCAUGCGCUACCUGGCUCGCAAGCACGGGCUCGCCGUGCCGGACUCGAAGCCCGCCGAGGCCGCCCGUGUCGACAUGCUCGAAGCGCAGAUCAACGAGCUCAGGUGGUACCUGAUCUACUACUGCUGGGAGGACUACUUCGCGUCCCGGAAAGGGAAUUUCGCCGAGGCCCUGCCCGGGCAUCUGGAGCUGCUGUCGCGAAGCCUCGGCGACCGCACGUGGCUUGCUGGGGAUCAGAUCACCCACGUGGACUUCAUGCUGUACGAGCUGCUCGAUCAGUUCUCGCUCUUCAAGCCGGGCUGCCUGGACGAGCACGCCAACCUGACGGCGUACGUGGACCGAUUCCGCCAGCUGAAGCCCAUCAAGGCGUACCUGUCCUCAGACAGGUUCCAGCCUUGGCCCGUGUUCCUGCCGUUGGCCAAGCGCUGGGGAAGUGGCAAGCCUCCGGCGAACCUCGUCGGCAAGCAAGCAAAAGCUUAAAGAAAGCUUUUCUCCCGCUCUUCCUUAUGAAUGAAGAUUGUGGUCGCGUGUUUAGAAAUUUCACAAUAAAAUGUUCUUCGCUUGUCUGUAAUUCUC